CGAUCUGCGACGUGCUCUGCGCCUUGGAGCCGUACACAAAUCUAUAAGGAGGUUGCCUUUUUUGUAGCAGGGUUGGUUUAAAAUAUAAAUUCCUGCUCACUGCUGCUGCAACUAAAAUGAAUGUGGGUGUGGCACACAGUGAGGUGAACCCAAACACUCGAGUGAUGAACAGUCGAGGGAUUUGGCUUACCUAUGCUCUUGGUGUUGGAAUGCUUCACAUCGUGCUGCUAAGCAUACCCUUCUUCAGUGUGCCUGUAGUGUGGACCCUCACUAAUAUUAUACACAACUUUGGGAUGUAUGUUUUUAUGCACGCAGUGAAAGGCACACCGUUUGAGACCCCAGACCAGGGAAAAGCCAGACUUCUCACGCAUUGGGAACAGCUUGACUAUGGCGUGCAGUUCACAUCAUCAAGAAAGUUUUUCACUAUUUCUCCAAUUAUUCUAUAUUUCCUGGCAAGCUUCUACACAAAGUAUGAUACAACACACUUUGUCAUAAACACUGCCUCACUUUUGAGUGUGCUUAUCCCCAAACUGCCACAACUACAUGGAGUGAGACUCUUUGGCAUCAACAAAUAUUAAGAUGAUAGUUAGAAAGUGCUGUGCCUCGUAGCAAAGUUAGUUAACCCCCUGUAAUCUGUACCAACAAUGUACGUCCUAGAUUUUGUACAGUAUGUUUAAAUGUCUGUCAUUGUUUAGAUAUGUCAGGUUUAAAGUGAGAUAUUUUAAGAGGGGGGCAUAUUUGUAGAGGAAAGAAUGCCAUAUGCAUUACUAACUUAAGUGAAUAUUGAAUGGUGUAUUUUCAGCCUGCAUAAACCUGGGCUGGCCCAGGUUUUGGGAUGAAAUGUUUUUCAGUUUUGCUUGCCCUCACGUCACAUGUGACAAAGACCUAGUAAGUUACAAUUUGUAGCCACAAAGAUGUCCUAAAUGUAUUUUUUAAAGAUGUGUGUUCUUCUUAAGCGUAGGUGCCUAUGGCUCAUUUAUUGGUACACUCUCAUUUUGGGAUGGGUGUCAAGUCUUAUUUAUGCUCUAUGAAGAACGAAAUAACAUUACUCGUUUGCAGGAUUUCCUUGGUAUGUGAAUCAUUUCUCAUUUGUAAGUCAAUCAGAUAGGGCAGGCUUUUUCAUUGUAUAUAGUGUUUUGUUUUGUUUUGUUGUGUGAAUGUUAAGGUCCUGUAUGUAUAAAACAAGUAUGUGAGAGAAGAAAAAAAAGUCAAUUUGUUUCCAGGUUAAGUGUUUACUGAGGCAGAUCUACGAUGUCUUCUUAUGUACUUACUGUCAUGUAGCUGUUUUGUUUGGAAUAUGAGCAGUAGCCAUUAUCAAGGCAGUCAGUACUGUGUCGAUUGACCAUGGCUCAUAGUAAUUUUGAACCCUUCAGCCUCCUAAUAUCAUUAAAAUAUUUUGU